UUUUUAAACUCCAAAGCCACUCUACUCUGCCAUUUUUUUUGACAUUUCCAUUCCCUCAAACCUUAAAAGCUUUCCCUUUUCUAUCACCUCCAUUUUCUCUCUCCAGAAUCAAACAUGCAAGCUUGCACUGGAGCAGCAACCCCUAAAAUCAUGGGUUCAAUUCAAUACCCAUGUACCAAAAUCUCCAUUAAUCCUACUAAUUGCUCUCUAAAAGGGUCUAACAAUCUUAGUUUUACUGAUAAUUCAAUCAAAAUUUCAAAACCCAUCUCUCGAUUUUCUUUCGUUUCCAAUAGUUUGGUCACUGGUAGACCACCCUCGUCUGUCUCUGUUCCUGCUCCUGGUGUUCAAGAUGAUCUGAGCAGUUUUGAGGAUAAUGAGCUGAGUGAUGCUGAUCCAGAAGUGUAUAACAUUAUUGGCAAGGAAAAGGAUAGGCAGUUUAGAAGUCUGGAACUCAUUGCCUCUGAAAAUUUUACAUCUAAAGCCGUCAUGGAGGCUGUUGGUUCUUGUCUCACUAACAAAUAUUCCGAAGGAUUACCGGGUAAAAGGUAUUACGGAGGCAAUGAACACAUUGACGAGCUAGAAACCCUCUGUCAGCAAAGGGCUUUGGAAGCAUUUCACUUGGAUGGACAGAAGUGGGGUGUAAAUGUUCAACCUUUGUCUGGCUCUCCUGCUAAUUUUGAGGUUUACACUGCACUCUUAAAUCCACAUGAUCGUAUCAUGGGUUUAGAUUUACCUCAUGGAGGACAUUUGUCCCAUGGUUUCAUGACUCCUAAAAGACGAGUCUCAGGCACAUCAAUUUAUUUUGAAUCUAUGCCUUAUCGGCUUGAUGAAUCUACAGGUCUGAUCGAUUACGACAUGCUUGAGAAAACUGCUACUCUAUUUCGACCAAAACUCAUAAUUGCUGGUGCUAGUGCAUACCCUCGAGAUUUUGAUUAUCCUCGUAUGAGGAAGAUUGCAGAUGCUGUCGGUGCUUUUCUUAUGAUGGAUAUGGCACAUAUAAGUGGGCUUGUUGCUGCCUCUGUGGUUGGUAACCCAUUUGAGUACUGUGAUGUAGUGACAACAACAACUCACAAGUCUCUACGAGGUCCUAGAGGUGGAAUGAUCUUCUACAAGAAGGAUACCAUUUUCGGUGUUGAUUUAGAAUCUGCCAUUAAUAAUGCAGUCUUUCCUGGCUUACAGGGUGGCCCACAUAACCACACUAUAGGAGGACUAGCUGUUUGCCUGAAGUAUGCCCAGUCUCCAGAGUUUAAGGCAUACCAAAACAAUGUGGUCUCAAACUGCAGAGCUCUUGCAAGCCGAUUGGUUGAAUUGGGUUACAAACUAGUCUCUGGUGGGAGCGAUAACCACCUUGUUCUAGUUGACUUAAGGCCAUUGGGAACUGAUGGUGCUCGGGUUGAGAAAAUUCUUGACAUGGCUUCUAUCACACUAAAUAAGAACUCUGUUCCUGGUGAUAAGAGUGCCCUAGUACCUGGUGGUAUACGUAUUGGGGCACCUGCCAUGACAACUAGAGGUUUCAAAGAGAGUGAGUUUGUUGCUACAGCCGACUUUAUUCACGAGGGAGUCCAACUAACUCUCGAAGCAAACAAGUUAAUUCCCAAAACAAAACUCCAAGAAUUCUUGAAGUUUGUGGCGUCUCCUGACUUCCCGUUGAGAGAUCGUUUAUUAGACCUUCAAAGGAGAGUUGAAGUUCUAACCACCCAGUUCCCGUUGCCCGGGUUGUAAGAUGCAACUUUCUCAAGGAUAUACCCAAAUGAAAUGAACCACAUUAAGAGAAAACCAUUGAUGCUUGUGGUGAUUAGUUUGGUCAGGUUCAUCUGAUGUUGAAUAACAUGAACCUCUGACAAGUACUUGUACGCAACUGUAUACAUAUUCGGCGCAAAACACAGCUAUUAUUUUUGCGUUGUCCUUAAUUGAGAACAGUCAUUUUGAUUA